GCUGCGCGUGCGCAGUGGCGCUCGGCGGGACCCGCUGAGGCAAAGCGGAGCCGCAGUGACAGAAGCGAGCGGAGCGGCCGCCGGGAGGCACUCACCGAAGCGCAGGGGCUGGAGGGGUCUAGAUGAGUGAGUCAGCAUCUCAAGAGGAACCCAAACCUGCUCAGGAAAAUGGAAAAGAAGACAAAGAAGGGAAACAAGAAGUGACUGAAGUGAAAGAGCCAAUUAAGAGUUCACAGAGUAUAUUGGACAGUUCGGCAUUAGGCACCUGCAGCCAUGUGGCAGGAGCAGCAGCAAAUAAAAGCAAAUCCCAAGAAUUAAACCUGGAGGGGCAGCCAAAUAUCUCAAGGUGUUCAAUAAAGGAUUCUAACACUGGAGCCUCCAAGAAUACUGUGUUUAGAAAACCUGCAAAAGUGAUUUUCCAUUUAGAUCAAACUGCAAAGCCAGAACAACCAUGGAAGAAAAAUCUUUUUGAAAGAGUGCAGGCAAGAACCCAGGCAAUGCAGCAGAAAAUCAUAGAUAAGGAAAAUCUGAAGAAGGAACUAGAAAAGAAGGCUGAAAAAAAACUUCCCAAGGAUAAUUUGGCCAAAGAGUGGUUUAAUACUGAAAACAUGACGCUGAACACUCGUGCAUAUUUGCUUGACAAACUUCUACCCACCUUAGUUCCUGGAGUGGAAAAAACAUUAAUGCAAGUGGAAAAGAAGAAGAUUUUGGCAGAAGUUGAUAUUCCAACCAAGUUUGAUCCAAUUAAUCAUUUGGGGGAGUACUUAAUGAGAAACAAUCCUAAUUAUAUCAAAGACUCAGGAAUGUCUGGUUAUCAGAGAGUUAUGAGAGAUGUCACAGAAGACCUGAAGAUAUAUGUUCCGAAUACUAUCUACAACAGAGUAUCCAAGAUGAAGGAGAAUGUUAAACAGAAACGAGAACAAAGAGAACACCUAAAUAAAGUCAAAGCCAACGUGGCCAACACACGGAAACAGGCUUUGCAGGAGCAGUUCACCGAGUGGAUUCUAGACCCCAAAGGAAUGAUUCCUAUGGCAGUAAUUCAGAAUGUUCUUCAUGAAUUUUUUCAAAAUCCAGAUUUCCAGCUUGAAGAAUGCUGCAAAGAAUUGGAUAUUACUGACUCAAUGGAACCAAGAUUGAACAAAAUGGAAUUUAUAGAAUUCAUCUCUUCGCACAUUGCAGACUUUAAAAGUGAAAUGUUUGAGGAGCUCCUUAAGCACCUUUGCCACUAUGCUGAAGAAUUCAGGGAAGUCAUCAAAACUGACAUGAGGAAGCAGAUGUUUGCUGAACUCUUCCUGCAUUGUGACCGUGGGAAGGUAGGGUUUUUGGAUCGGCAGAGGACAUUGGCCUUGCUGGAAACAUUCUAUGACCAAAGUUCAGAAGUGCUCAGAAGUUUACUCAGAAACCCAAGACAGUGGCCAUUCAUUGAAUUUGGAGAGAUAGACCUGCCUGAGUUCUGGGGAGACAUGGAUAAUCAGAAACACAUUUAUGAAGACUUUGACAAAGUGCUCUUAGAGAUGAAUACAUUACUUUCUGACAAACAUGCUAGCAAAACCCAAAAUAAGUUAUUAGCAAAUCCGGAAGAUCAGCAUAAACAUGAUGAACGUAGAAAAUCAACACUACCACAAAGCCCACCAGAACAGCAGAGAGGGACAACUGUAGAAGAAGAACCAGACAGAAUUUCAACCAAAGAACAAGAACAAGACAGAGAGUCAACUGGAGAUCAAGAACUGUACGAGGAAUCAGUAGCAAAACAAGGCACCUACACAGGGUCAACUCCAGAACAAGGAUCAGGUACUGAGUUAAUAACAGAACAAACACCACAUAGUGAGUCAAUACCAGAACAAGGACUAUUGCGAGGAAUCCACGCUGAAUCAACUGCAAAGCAAGGACUUUACAGAGAGUCAAUAAUUGCGCAACGACAAUAUGAAAGGCCAACAACAGGACAAGGAUCACACAGAGAAUCAGUAAUAGAACAAGAAGGACCACACAGAGAGUCACCUGAGGAACAGGGACCACGCAGAGAGUCAGUAACAGAACAAGGACCACGCAGAGGGUCGCCUGAGGAACAGGGACCAAGCAGAGAGUCAGUAAUAGAACAAGGACCACACAGAGGGUCAAGUGCAGGUCUGAGACCACGCAGAGAGUCAGUAACAGGACAAGGACCACGCAGAGGGUCAACUGCAGAACAACAACCACACAGAGAGACAAUUCCAGAAAAACAACAGGACAUAGACUCCACUUCACAAUCAAGAAAAAGUGGUAUCUUAAGAGAAAGUAAAAAAUCUAGGGAGGAUAUUUCCUUUGAGGACAUUAAAGUCCCUCCACAGGAAGAAAGGACUCAGGAACAAAUAUAUGAAGAGCAUCUAUUCAUGAAUUCUGAACUGCAAGAGAAAAUUUCAGUAUCAAACAGAAAAAGUCAUCUUUCAGAAACUGCAAAAAAGGAAGUUCAGAAAGACAAAUCCUGUGAACCCAAAUCCCAAAAAAUAGAAGGAAAGUCAUGGUCAGGUGAACUUCUGACUUGUACCUGGAACACGAAGUAUGCUAAAUGUGAAGAUGAGGAACAAGCAAACUUAAUCUAUGGUAACUCCAGGUUCACAGACCUACACACAAUUAUCCGAAAUAUUCAGUCUUACAAGGAAGUAAAAGGUAGGAGUGCCUUCAAUGGAGUUUCCUUCAAUCUGCUCCAGUUUGUGCAACUUCUGGAGACAUUUGUUGGUGAAGAUGCUCCCUUGAGUGUCAGCGAGGCCCUCACCUCCUUUUUCAAGAAGGGCUUUGUUGAAACAAAAGAAGAGAAAAUUAGUGCCUUAGAACAGGCUAGACAAAAUGCUUCCCGAGUCCGAAGGGAACUUCUCCUAAAAGCCCUUUUUCAGAAGUGGGACAGUGAUGGCUCAGGCUUCCUGGAUCUGAAGGAAGUUGAUGAACUCUUGUACACAUACAAGGAGGGAAUGGAAAAAGAAUCUAUGAAGAAAGCUAAACUACACAUCCAAUUUCCAAAGCCACACCCUGGUCACGAAGUGAAGUUGUCUUCAAAACAGUUUCAGAAAUACAUAGAAUUGGUUGUAUCUGAACUCAGGGGCAAUGAAGAUCAGGUACUGGAAAGCAUUGUGGAGUUUCUGAUGAAUACUUUAGAAAGGAACCAUAUUGAAAGUCUGAGGAACUGUGCCAGACAGAAAUGGCUACACCAAAUCCAAUAUUCUGCAGAGACAAGUGGAGUAUCCUUGGAGCCAGUGUAUACAGAGACCUUUAAGGCCCUCACCCAGGAUGCUGAAGCCCAUGGAAAUAAGAAGAUCAGUGCUCACAUUUCCCUCUUAGAAGAAAACCUACUACUGCCUGAUAGAGGGAAUGUUCUGUUGAGGAACGUAGCUUGUACUUUAGACGAUGCUCCAUUUGUACUGAAUAGAGUGCUCUACAGGGACAUGAAGGGGAUCAGCUUUACAGUAGUGGAUGAAGGGAAGCCAAUACAUGUCCCGCAAGUUCAGCACCAUGGGAACAUCUUCUUUUGGAACUAUUCCCGCAAGAAGAAUGAUCAAAAUGGGUCAUUCCUGGUGCUGCCUCUUCAAGAUGCACAUAUGAGGAUAUUUGGGGUCUUGGCUGUUGACACCUUAAGAGAUCCCAAGAAAAUAAACAUCUUUCUACCUCAUGAGAUCAGAUUCUAUCAGGGUGUUGCCAAUGUCUUUAGUACUGCCUAUCACUACGUCCACAGCCGGGAGCACAUCCUGCAUAUUGUGAUCACUGGCAUCGGCUGGCUCUACAACAUGACAUCCAGUAUCACUGCCAUCACUACAUACUUCACUGAGCCGAACCCAGAGCAGGACUCAGACUAUGUCUUACGCAAUAUGAUGGUCACAGGGCACCUGGGUCUAACAGAAAUCCACAGGAAUCCCCCUACCAUCUUUAGGAAGACGUGCAUCUUCAGAGAUUUCCUCUUUAAGUGCACAGACAGUUCAGAAGUUGUUUUGGCCUCUGUCUGUGGAGAAAACCACAUAGUAGUUCCACUUCGUGAGAGAACAGGAGAAGCUUUGGGAGUUCUCGAUUUUAACAUUGGCAGGAGUAAGAUGUUGUUGUAUCGAGAAUUUAAAGAUCUGCAGAAAAUGAUGAAGAUGAUCCAAGUUGCCUGCUUUGAAAUACUGGGCGAAUUAUCUGGAGAAAUAAAGAAAAACUGUAUCUUAGAGAUUGAAAAUGUGGGAGAAGUCCAGCGGGCAGGCAUCCUCUUCUUCCGAGUCAUGCUGCAAGAGCUACAAGAAUGCCUCCGGCUGCUUACCUCCAUGGACUUUGUGUCACUGUUGCUCUUUGAUUACAAUCCUCUGGAAAAGCCCAAGUCUCCACCAGACAGCAAGUCCCAGGAGUUGGAAGCCAACAUAAAACUAGUACAAGACAUCCUGAAGGGGAUUAUCUUGUUCUUUCAUCCAGAGUUGGAAUUAUCAAGUGAUUUUGAAAAUUGGGAAAAGUGCAAACUGUACAUUGACAGAUACUUGGUCCAGAAUAUUUGUGACUUUGAUCCAACUGCUGGGCACAUGGAAGUUAAUUUAAAGCUCAUUGAUGAAUGUAUCAAAGAUCACUCUCGAAUCGAAGUAUGGAAAUUUGGUAAUACUGCCGUCGAAUGCCUAUACCAGUGGGCACACGUCUGUUUAGCUCUUGUGAAGCUAAACAAAAAAAUAAAUAGUGCUAUUACACCCCCAUUGCCGUCCAAGACUGACUCCUAUGUGUAUGCAAAAAUGCCAGGGGAAAGUUUGCAAGGGAAAUGCUAAUGAAGUUGCUACUGUAUUUAAGUUAUUUUUGUCAUGUUCAGUUUUGUUUGUUAAUCGUAAAAUAAAACAUUUUCAAUUGGAAAGGAGUGCCACAUAGACAUAUUCUGAUUCUAGACACUUACCUCAGCACUUUCUAAAGCCAAAAGUGCUACCAAAGGAGAAAUUUUAUCUGAAAAAUAUCCAGUUAAAGUAGCCAAAACCAAAUGUAUGUUAUAGGAUAUAUUUUCAAAUUUCCUUUUUUUUAGUUUUAGCUUUUCAUCUGUCAUGGAACCAUUAUGGUUGGUCAAGUAGAGUUAUUUUAAUUCUUUUAACGUACAAAGUGAAGAAAAGACUGAGGAUUUAGAGAGAAAAGGGGGCAGUUUUUACAUCAAAAGAGUACCAACCAAUAAAGAUUUUAAGAAAUGAACUGGGAAUUGUUUUUCUAAUUUUUCAAAGACAUAUGAGCACUACCUCCUCCUCCUCCCCAUCCCCACUCUCACCCCCAACUUACCUUGACAACUUAAAAGUUAUUUCAAUGAAUACAAAUUACUGUGGGAAAAUGUUUGUCCAUGACUCAUGGAAAAAAGAAAACACCUUUUUUUUUUUUAAUAACAAAAUCCUCUUGAGUUCAAGAACUGCAAAAAGAAUUUAUAUUUAUUUAAAGCUUGUUAUUACAGCAAACUUUACUGUUCUGUUGUGAGAUUUCAUCUUUGCAAUAAGAUAUCUGAUGACAGAGUCCAUUUUUAAUAAAAUUUU